CCACUGGUUAGAAAAGCUCUUUAUAAAUGCCGUCCAUUUACCAUUUACCUGGGUAUGCUUUUGUGUGUUUUGUGAAGGUGUAAUUGAAGACUCAUUUGUCAUUACAGGGGUACUGUUUAAGGUGUUCUCGAGUCUUGUAGUUCGUGCGUUGGUUUAUUACACGUCUGAGAUUUGCACAAAGUUGAAACAUUGCCCUACAUUUCUUAAUUAGUUAGUCUUUUCCAGCCAGAAAAAGGCUAACCUUUUUAGUCAAAGCUAAGCACAUUUUCAGUCUAUCUCGCUAGCUGUUGCCACUUGGAUCUUAUUAGCAUGUAAAUAUGAGCCUGGUGUUAAUCAUUUUUAUUGUUAUUGAGUUUCAUUAUUUACCAUGUUUCACAGAGGGAAACAAGAAAUAUAGAUUACAAUCUCUUAAAGAGCCAGGGAGCCCAGUGUUUCAGAUGUAAUUCAACACUAUGUGAUUUAAAGGCCUGAGAAAGAGAGGUUUAGGAAAGAGGUGUUAUGAGUGUUUUUAUAAUCAAUGUUGUAUCUGAGAUCCGCCGCACACCGUAUCGUUAUGCGAUAGGUGUCCGGCCAGCCGAACCUUCACUCGUACCCGGGCAUAAAAUAGACACCGCUGCUCAGACGGAGCCUCAUCGUCCACACACACCGCGUAGAGUUAAAGUACUAAGUGCCCCACUUUCUCUCGGACAUCGCAGUCCGCUGCUUCCCAGACGGAGCUCCACACGUCCACGCAAACCGGACCGCCGGGGCCCCUUGGUCGUGACGUCAGACUAGCUAUGAAAAAGGUAGUGUGACGUCACGAACCGAACGCCACCUGCAUGCGCAGCAGAGUGGGCCGUUCACGGACUGUUUUGGGGAGAAAAACAUAGGAUCUUGCCAAUUUUUUUCUCUAAAUUUGGGAGUUAUUUCAGUAAUAGUGAAACAAUGCCAUAUAUUACCAUGUUGAAGAUUUAAACGUUUAAAACAAAUAAAGUGUUUUCGGUUGCACUGUCUCUUUAAGAAGUGUGAGGCAAUAGGAACAGUUAGCUAGACGGUGUUGCAACACGGAACUAGGUGGCUAUUGCACCGAGGGUGAACAGGGUAGGCUUCCGUGUUAUGAACUUGGGUAGAAGUUUGUUGAAACUUAUCACCAAGUUGUGUAAUAACAAUAAAGCAUGAAGUCACCUAAUGGGUAAAGGGAACCGAAAGUAAUAUGGUAGAAGCGGCAGCGGACUCGGCCUGUGUAACCGGACCCUGACCAGCCCUCCGUGCGUCAUGGACGGGCUGAAACCACCGUGGACGCUGUGCCUCGACUCCGCUCUCCAUUUUUCGAGGACAUGGGAGAAUUGGAGGGACCAGUUUGUGCUCUAUGUGGACUCAACAAUGACGACCGAGGAGGACAUGGCAAAAGUGAAACUUUUCAGCUGUCUGAUCGGCGAGAGUGGCAGGGAGCUACUGGACACAUUGAUGGGCGUUACGGCCAAGGAGGCCUGGACGAUGGAUGACAUUAUAAACACGUUCGAUGAGCAUUACAACCCUGGCGCGAACGAGACCAUGGAGCGGUAUCGUUUUUUUUCUAAAAACCAAGGCGCCAGUGAAACCAUUGACAGUUACGUCACGGAGCUGAAAGCGCUGGCCCGGAAAUGCAACUUUGGAGCUCUGAGAGACUCGCUCAUCCGUGACCGGAUUGUGUGUGGGAGUCACAAUACGGGCAUGAGAGGCAGACUGCUCCGCCAGAAGAAAAUGACGCUAGACACAUGUGUACAGCUGUGCAGGGCCGCAGAGCUGCCCCGGGAAAAUGUUGAAGUCAAGGUGGAAGAGGUGCAUGCAAUGCAAGGGGCCGAGCUACCCCGGGAGAAUGUUAUAGCCAUCUUCGUACCCAAGGUGGAAGAGGUGCAUACACUGCAAGGGGCUGAACCGCCCCGGGCGGAUGUUAUAGCCAUCUCCGGAGCCAAGGUGGAAGAGAUUCACGCAUUGCAAGGGGCAGAAUCGCCCCGGGCGGAUGUUAUAGAGAUCUCCGGACUGUUGUUGGAAGAGGUGCCUCAGGAAAAUGUUCUAGCGAUAUCCGGUCCGGUGUUGGAAGAGGUGCAUACACUGCCAGGAGAUGAGCUGCCUGAGGAGAAUGUUGUAGCCAUCUCUGGGCCUGUGGUGGAAGAGGUGCAUACACUGCCAGGAGCAGAGCUGCCUCAGGAGUAUGAUAUAGCCAUCUCUGGGCCUGUGGUGGAAGAGGUGCAUACAUUGCAAGGGGCAAAGCUGCCUCAGGAGAACGUUAAAGCCAUCUCUGGACCGACUGUGGAAGAGGUGCUGAAAACAGCAGCAACAUGCAAGAAAAGGAAACUAACUAACUACGAGGUGGAUUGCGAGUUGUGUGGAAACACGCAUGGAAGAAGCAAAUAUAAAUGCCCGGUGUACGUACGCAAACCGAGAGCGGUGCGUCCCUGCUCGCCCAUCAACACUCCCAGCCUGCCUCUCAGGAAGAAGAGCAAGGAAGGCAAAGGCAACACCAUCUACCUGUGGGAGUUCCUGCUGGCUUUACUUCAGGAUAAAAACACCUGUCCCAAAUACAUCAAGUGGACGCAGCGGGAAAAGGGCAUCUUCAAGCUGGUGGACUCCAAGGCGGUGUCAAAGCUGUGGGGCAAACACAAGAACAAGCCCGACAUGAACUAUGAGACCAUGGGCAGAGCCCUCAGGUACUACUAUCAGAGAGGCAUCCUGGCCAAGGUGGAGGGCCAGCGGCUGGUGUACCAGUUCAAGGAGAUGCCCACGGACCUGGUGGUGAUCGAGGACGAGGACCCGGGCUCCGACAGCAGCUCCGUGUACAGCGGCCAGCGGCCUGGGGGCCCGGGCCGCGCCAUCGUCCGCGGCAACGGGGCGGGCGGGGCCAGGGCCCAUGGCAAGGCCUACAGCCCCCUGUCGGCCAAGCAGGUGAAGAAGGAGCCGCUGGACGACAGCUUCUACCAGGAGUUCAACGGGAAGGAGCAGAUCCUGCAGCCGCUGGGGUCGCAGACCAUGAGGACCAUCAACGUCCCCUCCUCCCUGCCCAUGGUCAUCACCUCGUCCUGCUCGCUGCAUUCCUUCCAGUCCCUGAGCGGCGUCCUGGGCAACGGGGACUCGCUCCACGCCUCCUCGCCGCAGGUCAUCCUGCACACCGUGCCCGGCGGCGCCGGCUCCAAGGACGUGCUGACCAUCCAGGCGGCCUCGCUGAACCCCGGGCACUGCCUGCAGGAGGGCCUGCCCCAGCAGCUCCUGGUCGCCACCUCCGCCUCCUGCCCGACCUCCGUCAGCCACUCCACCGCCGCCGCCUCCUCCUCCUGCCUCCCGGGCGUGGCCCGCCUGCUGACCCUGGCCGGCCCCGGGGCCCACGCCAUGGUGGCUCCCGGGGGCCACAGCGUGGUGGCCCAGCAGCCCGGCACGGUGAUCGCCACCGUGCUGAAGGCCGGCGACCUCCACGGGCUGCAGGUCAAGGAGGAGAUGCUGGACCCCAACUACUUCCAGGCCAUGGUGAACGGUGACCCGUGCCUGGCGCAGGGCGGCUUCGACGGGCAGGACAUGGAGCAGGAAGGGGCGGAGCUCAACUACAGGACUGUCGUCACCGACGCCCGCUGCCAAGGCCUCGAGGGGCAGGCCGGCGGCGGCGGCGGCGGCGGCGGGGGCCGGGGCGCGGUGAACGGACACUUUUCCCAGAGCAGCAGUCCCAGCGAGGGCCUCACCCCGGUGGAGGAGCUGGAGGUGCGGGGGGAGAUGUCCCUACAGGCCGAGCCGGGGGCCAAAGGGCUGCCGGGGCUGCCCAACGCCACCCAACUCCCCGUAAACUUUAUCCAGAUAAAGACGGAGCCCGCGGAGGUGUAGGGGCCGGCGGACUCUACCGUACGCAGUGGACGAUGCGUAUCUGAGCGACGGGAGAAAGGAUGAGCUUCUUCUCACACAGAGAACGAUCCGUUCCGCACGACGGACCACGUGACGCUAGAAGCGCUCGGGGAUCGAUCUCGGGGUUCUCUGGAUGUUUGUCUGGUUGACGCACGGCAGGGUCGACCUCGUGUGUACUCUAUGUUUAUGUAUUUGAAAGAUGUCAUUAGGAUUUUUAAUAAACACACAGUGGACGCAAACAAACACACACACACACACACACACACACACACACACGUGCAGACACACACAAGAUUUCGGUUCCUGUUAGGAGAACAGCCAUUUGUCAGACUAGGGAUCCUUAUAUACCAACUGUGCCAGUUAAGUUAUUUUCUUCCUACGAGAACGUCGUACAUGGCACGGCGUUGAUGCAGGAGUAAAGAGACAGUGUCUCCACACAGGGGAACCACAACAACCAAACACAACAGAAGAAGAUGAAAGCCAAAAGGUGCAAUUAAAUCUCAUUUGAGAGAUAAUGUGCUUUUAUUUGUUUGUUUUUUUCUCAAACGCGCCGUAAUGCCGGAACAAAAGUAGCGGCGUUGUGGUGUUCAAUCAGACAAAAAUAUAUAGAGAGAAUUUCAAAGAAAAAGAUCACACCAAAGACUAAACUGAAGAGUGCCUUAAAGGAAAGCUCAGCUCAAGAUGUCCUCGGAAAAAUAUGAGUUUUUUUACGUUUAAAAAGUCAAAAUUCCUCUCUUUGUAUCCAUUCUUUCUGUAAUGUAUGCGUUGCCCUCUCUUUUUGCCCUAGAAGCACUGUUUUUUUGACAAUUCUGGGCAUUUUCGUGUCCGCCAUGUAAAGACUACUGUUGUGUUUGUAAAUAGCUAAAGACAGCAUGGGGACGAAGAGCAAUGAAGAGAGGAAGAUGAAAAAUACAAAUAAUACAAUAUGAAAUAGAAUAUAUAUGAAUAUAUAUAUAUAGAGAGAGACAAUACAAAUAUACAAUUGAGAUACAAUUUUAAGGCCACAAGAAAUUUAUUUAUUUUUCGAUUUUUCUAAAUUCUGUAUAAAAACGGCACAUUCGUUUUUCUAUUUAGCUAUAUCAUGAGGGAAUAUUAGAGUAAUAUCUAAAAACCAGGAUGUUGAUUCGCUAUUUCUGUCUUUUAAGACUGGCAUUUUUAAUUGUUUAAGCUUUCUGUGUAAUCAGCAUAGCUGUGCUAUAUUGUAAAGGCAGCACACGGAUGUGUAAACGUCCCCCAUGAUGUGGAUGAUUUAAACAUGCAUUAUACCUUCCUUGCUUUCCUCUCUUCAGCGGACAUACUUCUUUACCGAUGCCAUUUUACAGACUUUAACUGAUUUAUUUUAGACUCCGAUUUUUAUACGCUUAAAAUAACAGUAACCCCAAUCACAAUGGUACCUACCAAACUGUAUAUCUACCUUCUUCUGCUCAUGGUCUUCUCCGUGGUGCACUAUACUCUGUUGAAUCUGGGCUUCCUUCAUUCUAUCGGCUGGUUGUUGGACCACUAAAGCAAGAUGUAUGAUUGGACCAGGAGUCCAUGCUAAAGUCUUAUUGAUUGUAAUCACGGGGUACAAGUGUGACCCACAUCUGCUCAGGGGUCAUAGAUGACGAUUUGAAUGUAUACCCUACACAGCCCUACUGGAGAAAUACAAACACAAAAAUAACUAUCGAUGACACUGGAUUGGGUGAAAUGCUCCUUUUCCAUGACAUUGAGGUGGGGUUGAAACUGCUUUGUUUUUAUUCAUUUUCCUUAACAGUGUAACAUAUAUCAGGUGCUGGCUUUCACACGCUGCCUUGGACCACUGUUUUUAAAACCUGGAAGUAUGUCCGCUGCUCUCGUUCUCUUUGAUUUUAUUAUCAUCGUCUUUGUCUCUUUCGUUGUCCUCCCCUAUGCUGAACAUAGAUUCGAUUAUUAAGGAACAUUAUAAUGUUAUAAUUAAAAACAAGAUGUACUUUAAUGAAAUGCAUUAUCUUAUUUUUAUGUUGACGUUUUUACAUCUAUGGUGGAAAUGCAUUAAACACACAUGGUCGCGAAAGAUAAA